AUGAGGAAACAGGUGGCACUUGUGGGGAAACAGGUGGCACUUGUGGGGAAACGGGUGGCACUUGUGGGGAAACAGGUGGUACUUGUGGGGAAACAGGUGGCACUUGUGAGGAAACAGGUGGCACUUGUGGGGAAACGGGUGGCACUUGUGGGGAAACAGGUGGCACUUGUGAGGAAACAGGUGGCACUUGUGAUGAAUCAGGGUGUUGACGCCAGCGGGGAACCCCUCCUACAGUUUAAGUUCCGGGUGCAGUUCUACCUGGAGACCCACCUCCUCCUCAGGGAUGGGCUGUCACGCCUGCACUACUACCUGCAACUGCGGGAGAACGUGCUCAGCUACAACCAGCCCAUCAGCGAGGAGGCCACCUUCCUCCUGGCCUCCUACGCCCUCCAAGCCGACCUGGGAGACUUCUGCGAGGACCAGCACCAGGGUCACUACUUCGACCCCAACCUCUACUUCCCGCACUGGCUGGUGGAGCGGGUGGGCGUGGCCUACGUCCUGGAGCACGCGCCACACAUGCACCGCGACAACAUGGGCCUGACGAGGGCUGAGGCACAUGCUCAAUAUAUCCGGGAGGCGUCGCAGCAUGAGGCGCCCCAUAACCUGCACCUGUACCGCCUGAGAUACAAGAAGCAGGACCCAAUACCUCAGGUGAUCGUGGUCAUCUGUGCCAGAGGUCUCGAUAUAUACGAGGAAGAGCCGGGGCCACUACCCUCCUCCAGGAAGCUUAUCUCUACCUUCCAGUGGUCUAACAUCGGCAAUCUCUCCUUCGAG